CGGAACAGAACAGGCUUCGGCUGGACAAUCGGCGUCAGAGGCGCGAGCCCGUUCGCACGAGCCUGCCACCGUGGCUGUCCCAGCGGCUUCUGGCCGCGGCGCCAUGGCGCUUCUGUCGGCCGCCUGGCCAGCGCUGCUUCUCGCGUUCCUGGUGCCUGCCGCUUCGGGACACGCCCGCGUCGUCUUUCCACAGGCAGAAGGGACCACGGCCGACUCUCAGCAGAACGCGAGCUCAGUCCAGCCACCAGUGCAGCCGGGCAACGCGUCGUCGCUCGUGUUCCCCUCGUGCGCCACCGACGCCGGCUGUCCCGGGGCGCUGAUGUGUGUGGAGGGGACGUGCGGCUGCCCCUUCUCGCGCCCAGUGCUCAUCCUGGGCGGCAGCGGCAAGCAGAGGCUGGGCCCGCUGUGCGAGCCUCUGCGAGGACUGCACGAGGCGUGCGUGUGGGCCGAGCAGUGCGCCGCCAGCGAUCCGGGGCUCGACUGCAGGAAGGGCCACUGCCAGUGCGUCGGAAGGCCGUCGCCAUGGGGUGGAGUCUGCAGAGCACGAAGCGUCACAAAGCCACUCAUCUGGGCAGCCUGCUUUGCCGUCAUCGCUCUCAUCGUUGCGGGCUUAAUGUUCUGCUUUGCCCAGCCGGCAAACCGCCACAAGUCGGCCUGCUUCUCCGAGUCGUGCCUACUCUCGGCAUCCACCGGCAGCGUGUUGCACAACCCGGCCGCGCAACGCCUCCUCUUCUCCCAUCGCAAGGCGGACAGCGCGGGCGACUCUCGCAGAACGAGCGUCGGCUGCAGCGUGCGUCGGGGCUCGACGCCUCGCUGCCCGGGCGCCCUGUCGGCCGCCACCAGCUGCAAGGCGCCGCCGCCGCCUCUGCCGCGCGGCUUCCUCUCCUGCCACGGGCUGCAGCAGGCCCUGGACGACCCCCGCGGGGACCUGGGCCGCAGCUCGUGCAGCCUGGCCGCCGAAGGGGCAAGCUGGCCGCCCGUAGUGCUGCUCGAUCGGUCAGAGCCGAGCCUGGAGCUGCAGGUUAUCUCCCUAGACACCCUAAAUGCGCCGCUCGCGUCAGUGCAUUCACUGCGACGCGCCAGUGCGCCCGCCCUGGUCGUCAGUCCCUGCAGGAGCCAGGCGGACGCGUCUUCACCGCACGUGCGCUCGGAAGGCGGCGAACCGGCGGCAGCGCCCCCGGUGGCAGCGCAGAGCGUCGGCCAUGACUGGGCCUCCAAGCUGGGCGAGCAGCUGGCCAACGAUUCGUACGGCUUCACGCUAGACAUCUCGCAGUCGUCGCUGCCGGCCGUGCUCUCCACCGUGUCGGGUGCCGUCGAUGCCGAGCAGCGAAGGGCCAGCAGGCAAAGCCGGCUGCGCAGGAAUAUCUCCGAGUCAUUACGCCGGGAGCUGGCCGACGCUUGGCGGUGCAGCGGUACCCUGCCUUCUUCGCGGCUCCUGCUUCAGCCUCCAGUGUUUCUAUCGCCCGAACAUCUCAGCUCGGCUGCGGAGUCACCAGGGAGUGACUGAAACCACCUCAGCUCACAGUGUAUCGUCAGCGAUGCCAGCAGAAUAGAAACUGGAGGGGUAAAUGCAGGAGUGUUGCGCACAACGUGUCGGAAGCGAACAUUCCCGGAGUUGAUGCUACGGCGCACCUGUGCCAUAACAAAGCGCGAUGUCUCGUUAAAGAAGACCUGUCCCAUGCUCGCGACUGGGAAGUUCGACGCCUUUGAAACGCACAAACGCCUAGCGCGCCCCGUUUUUGCAUUGCAUGCCGCGACGAUGUCUUUAUUUUAUGCUUGUGAUGCGAUUCAUUUGUUUUACCCCCGCUUAUGGAAUAUCAUGAAAACCUGGACGUCGGCAGUCGCCGUAAAGCAUUGUCUAUUGCGACCAGUGGUCACUGUUCUAAUGCUACUUGGUACGGUGCCCUUACAAAUGCACCUAAAUAUUGCACUAGGGCCCUGUAAAAAGCCCAUAGGGAACAUCACUACAGCUUCUGUAACCGCGUACCAUUGUGUUAGAGUAUAUAAGCAGACAAUACCAUGGAAAUAAACGGUACGUGCCAGGCCUGCGCUCAGGAAAAAGGUGCUGUUACUUGUGAUAAUUGAUAAUGCUUCAAUUGAACAUUACGUUUAAAUACGUUUCCAUCGUAAUUCCCAGAAGGCGUUUUGUGCUGCAUAUCAUCAAAAAUCACUUGA